AUGUGUGUUUUUUUUUUCACAGUGCCACUUGCCGACGAAGCUUCCAGUUACUCGACGUCACUGUCGACUCCGUGCUCCACGUCCCCGUACCGAGAGCCGGACUCCUCCGGGGCGCGCCCGCACGACCUGUCCAGGACUACGACGACGUCGUCGACGACCGCGUCUCCCGUCACCGAAGUCCUCUUUGGCAUACCGUCGCCACUGCCGCUGUCACCGCUCUCCACAUCUUCGUGUCCGUCCUCUUCGCCGUCCAUCUCGACGACGUCUCCCGCCGCGUCGUCUUCGGGCGGCGGCGGCUUGAAGACGUUAGUUCCGGUCUCGCUUCCGCCUCCUCUUCCGAGACCUCCCGGUCGGGCGCUGAGGACCCCGAAGUGCGCCCGCUGUCGCAACCACGGCGUCGUCUCUUGCCUCAAGGGUCACAAGAGAAGUUGUCGUUGGAAGGACUGCCGAUGUCCCAACUGCCUCCUGGUGGUCGAACGUCAGAGGGUCAUGGCUGCACAGGUGGCUCUCCGAAGGCAAGUUGCACUCGAAUAUUUCGAAUCUAGCAAAAAGUAA